GACUUUUCGCUACGUGAUAACGGUCACCUUACUAAUAAAAAACACUGACAAAUCCCUUUUUAUGUAUGUACAGUACCAUAUUCGAAUCUAUAUGAACCACAUGGUAUUCAAUCUUUUUUAUUAUAUAUAUAUUCAACUUUUAAUUAUUCUUAUAAGCGACUAAACUCAUGUAUAAAUAUAGUAAAAUAAUUAUCAACAUCUGGGUUGACUCCAAAUCGUGCUGCCUUAAUUUCCAUAAAUUUGAUUAAACUUUUCGGUGGUUUCUAUUCAGCCAUGAAUUUAUCUACAGCAUGAAAUUUCUCAGUAUAUACACUUCCAUGAUUUUGUAGAUUUUGAAUAAACAUUAUUUCAGAGCUCAUCAAUAUUUUUGUAGGCUAAAUCAAUAAGUUACAUGACUUUACUGAACUCGCCUUUGUGCUGUCUUUAAGGUUUACUUAUUGCGGAGCUUCUGCGUUCACAAGCAAACUACAGCAGCGACAACACUAUUGCGCAUGCGCUGAAAUUACACACGAUCACAACAGCAGUACCAGCUACCAGGCCAGGGAAUCCAUAUUGAAGAAUAUUGAAUUCACGAAGAACAAUUUUCGCCAUUCGUUUUAUGAAGAGUGCCAUGGGAGAUUGUGAUAAAGUGUCAAUUACAGCUUUUAAACAAGGCAAUUUUACUUGUAGAAAACGCUACUCAAUAGCUUUUUAUUUAAUGUGUUAUAUUAUACCAAAAUCUUAUAUUUAACAACCUUGGGUAGAAAUCGUGUUUUGAACGUUGACCAGAGCUAAGGAUAGUCUUACAAAAUGUGGUGUUUGGUUAGUCAACCUAAUUCGGUGAUUAUUGAAGUGGAAGUCACCCAAAAAGCUAAAGGACAAGAGUGUUUAGAGAAGGUGUGCAGUUGCUUGGGCAUAAACAAUGAGUCUGAUUACUUUGGUCUGAAGUACCACAGUGUGAAAGGGCAAGAAUGUUGGCUGAACCUUCGCAACCCUAUAGAGCGUCAAGUUGGAGGCGUAGCUCCCUUCAGGUUCGCUUUACGCGUCAAGUUCUGGGUUCCACCUCAUCUUGUGCUUCAAGAUACCACCAGACAUCUGUUCUAUCUCCACGCCAAAAUGGAUAUUGCGGAAGGUCGACUGAAACUUGACAGCAGAGACACAGCGCUGAAGUUAGCUGCGCUCAUUUCACAGGCAGAGUUGGGAGACUUUGAACCUGUAUGCCCUCCUGUGCAUUUCUACGAGCAGUGGUGCCAGUAUCUUCUCGGUGAAACACUAAUUGAUAAUUCAACUAUUGAGAAAGUAGCUGAAAUGCACGAUAAUGUAAAGGGCAUGAAAACAUUGGCAGCAGAGUACUGGCUUCUCAAAGAGAUCUCAACCAAUGAAUGCUAUGGCGAAGAGAUUUUCACGUGCAAGGGCACCGCCCUGGGUAUCGGACCUCACGGGAUCACCAUUUACGAGCCGCAAAAACAAACUAUCGCAUACACGGCAAUCAAAUCAGCUGCCUCUCACCGACGGGUAUUCCAGCUGAGCUAUGAACAAGGAGGUGAGACGUGUGCUAUGCUGGAACUGAAGUUUGAUAGCUCGCUGGCCGCGUCUGCUGUCUACAGGGCUCUCACCGAGAAGCAUGCUUUCUACUCCUGUGAGACUGUCAGGGGUGCUGUUACCUCCCAAUUCAUAAGGGACCUCAAGGGGACAAUAGUUUCAAUAUUCAAUGAGUCGACGCCUUUGGGAAAGAAAUACGUGUUCGACAUCCGAAGGACAUGCAGAGAGGUGCAUGACAAUGCAAGAAGAGCCCUAUACCAAGAUGCCUCUACUUCUCAGCCGCCGCAACCUCUGUCGCCCACUCUCACUCUGGCUGCCAACAAGCAACAUCCAGCCAAACAGCAGCAAAAUAGCGCCACUGAAAAGUUGGCUAGACUGCUCGAUGCUCUCACUUGCAGGUAAAUUACUAGUGAGCCCCCCGGGCUGCAAAAGUGCAGCUGAUAGUCUGUCAGCUCGUCAGCUGUUUUAUUGAAAGCAGUGCCAAGUCAAGAGAAAUAGUUCGUUUCAUUUAAUUCAAUUAAAAAUGCACUUUAUUUUCAGAAAAUAUUUUCAGUAAAACUUUCUUUUCAGUACAUUACAAAACAUUCCCCUGAAAAUUACUUGUCUAAUAUUUAACAAAUCCUUGUUUAGAGGUGGAGUCACUACAAUUAUAGGUGCAGUACAAGAAAGAAGAAGUUGCCUUUUUACAGUUGCAGUUUACAAGUAUAGAAUUUAAUUUUAAUUAUGAUAUAUAAUUUAAUAAUUAAAAUAGUCACUUUGUCAACAAUAGUUGCUUAUGUUUUUCAGAAAGAAUAUAAGUAGUAAGUAAUAUGAGAAAUAUUUAUUUUGAAUAAAACAUUACAGCCCAACAAAAACGUGUAUUGUUCAUGGUUCGAAAAAACUUGUCAUCAAUCCUUAUUAUUUAACCAAUGCUAGCAGUUGAAUAUUUAAAUGUGAAUCUCACUAUAGAUGGAAAAUCUAAGAACGUUAUUAAGCACAGAUAAUCGGAACCACUUCUCCAUCGAACUAACAAGUACCUCUGUAUAGCCUUCAAUUGAAAAAAAUCUUUAUUUAUAAUCAUGUACAGGUACAUGAGGAACAGCGUCAAUAUAAUACCAACACAACAUAAAAAGUAGUAGAAAACAUUCUUAAACCUCCUAUAAAAAUAACAAAAAGCUAUAAACAACAGUCAUGAACCUAAAGUGUGUUAUCUGUAAACUCAUGUAGGGAGUACUGAACCAAUGAUAUUAAAUACUCCUUGAGUUUUAUACUCAAAUUGUUGAUGUCCUCUAAUUCUAAAGGCAGCAUUGUGAAGUAUUUCCUUCCCAUGUAGUACGUCUUUUUCUUGAAAAAUUCUAACCGGUGUCUUCCGCUAUCCUCCCAAAUCUAAUACAGUAGCCAUGAGUCUCAUUCCGUAUUUCUUCUACAGGGUAACUCCUAACAUACAUAAUAACAUCAAAUACAUAUUGCCCGUAAACUAUAAGAAUGCCAAGCUGCGAAAAAAAAACAAUUUUACAGAGUCCAUUCUUUUUAGAUUCAUCAUUAUUCUUAGUGCUUUUUUCUGUUGUAUGAGAAUUCUAUGAAGAUUGCUCUUGGUCGUGGCUCCGUAAAUGCAUAGACCAUAGGCCAGAUGGGAGUGUAUUAGUGAGUGAUAAAGCGUUUUCAUAGUUAGAAGACUGCAUUUUUGCAUUUAGAAGACUGGCCUAUUAUUUCGGCCAGGCAAUGACGAUGGAAAUGAAUAUUAUUCCUCUCUGAUAUGCAUCAUUAUUUACAUACAACAUGCCCAUUGUUUUUCUUUU